CCGAACUUGACUCUCUUUUAUUUUGUUUGUUUGUUUCUCGAGGAGAAGGAAGGAGGGAGAGUGGGGGAAAUCAAAUGGGUUGCAUCUCUUCCAAACUGCUCGCCGUCGCCGAAGUCGGCGAGGAGCUUCUCUUCUCUGGCGACGCCGGCCCCGACGGCGACUGCCCGAACCAUUUCGUCUCCCUCACCUCUACCACCUACGGCGCCCUCAGCCUCGAUCGCGGCGACGAGAAAUCCAAUAAUCCCAAGGCGCCAGCAGAGAAGGAAGUCGAACCGGAUGCAGCCUCGGCGUCGGAGUGCGGCCAGCCGUCCCCUCCCCAUGUCGACAAGAAGAGCGCCGCGGCGGAGGAAGAGCGCCCCUCGGAGGUCAUCGACGCGCGGGAGCUCAUGGGGGACCUGGCCGACGAGACCCCUAGCCGGUCGCCACCGCAGAAUAAGAGGCCACACAAACCCUCGCCUGCAUUGCGCCGGUCGCCCGCGGUCAGGGCCGUGAUGUCGCCCGUGAUGCCAAGGAAUUGGUUCGCCGGGAAGGAGAACACCCCGCUGCGGCUGGAGCCCAAAAGGUCGGAUCAUGACGCCUACCGUGCCUCGAAGCCGUUCCGUUCCUUGGACAACACGCCGUGGACCAACCUCGUUUCGGCAAUCUCGAAGAAGGGCACCCCCAACAGCGCACGGAGCAACAACUCCAAUAGAGAUUUCAGUAACUCCAAGUCGAGGCGGAGCCUGAGCCCCUUGUUCGAUCCGGAGCUCCUCGCUCGUUUCGAGCGGGAGCACUCCGAGGAAGGGGAGCAGAUCAAGAGGAUGGUGCACGUCAAGAUCUGCGAUUCUGUUAUCCUGCUUCAAUCAUUCGAGGAGAAGUGUCCCCCAGGAGGUGAGGACACCGUGGUCCUCUACACCACCACGCUCAGAGGGAUCAGGAAGACCUUUGAGGAUUGCAACACAGUCAGGUCCUUGAUCGAGUCCUACGGCGGCCACAUCGUGGAGAGGGACAUCUCCAUGGACUCCGGGUACAGGGAGGAACUACGGCUGCUGAUGGGGAGGAAGGAGGUGAAGGUCCCGAUCGUCUUCGUCAAGGGCAGGUGUGUCGGUGGUGCCGAGGAGAUCGUGAGAUUGGAAGAAGAAGAUGAGUUGGGGCUUUUGCUGGAGGGGCUUCCGAGGGCGACAAAGUGGUGCGAGGGCUGCGGCGGGUUGCGAUUUGUGAUGUGCAUGGACUGCAAUGGCAGCUGCAAGGUGUUGGAUUCCGAGAAGAAGAAGGUGAAGUGUGAAGGGUGCAAUGAGAACGGCUUGAUCCAUUGCCCCAUAUGUUGCUGAGACGAAAAUAGAGAAAGAUUUGGCACUUCCCUUCACGAGGUUUGGAGUCAUCCAUCUUAUGUAUGGUUCCAGGCUACACUUGUUUUUGUUUCUAAUUUACUAGAUGAACGUGGGAUGCCAUGAACAAGUCAAUUAAGCAGUAGGAAUGGGUUGAUUGCUAUAUUCACCCCAGAAUGUAGCAGAUAUCUCUAUAGUAUGUGCUAAAUCUCCUCACAACUAUUAUCUUUUAAUUGAUUAAAGCCUCAUUUCAGAUUGUCUGUAUGUACCUAUCCUAACCUCACCUUUUCAUUCUCUAACUCGGUUUAAGAUAAGUGAGUUACACAUCAGAAAGGAUUUUGAUUGAGAGUUUUGAGGAGAGAUCAAUUAUACUUUUAACGCUUUACUUAAUGUUAUUGAACCUGUAUGCUCUUCUAAUGUAAGAUAAAUUGUACUCCUGUGUACAUGUUUAGAGUACCCUUGGUUGAAAGAAAUGUAGGGUCUGAGGAAAAGAUGUUAGAUGUGUGAUGAGACUUGGCUGCCCUUGAGUCUGCAGUUCUACGGGUAGCAAUUAUUCCAUUUGUGUACUGCUUUUGAAACUUGAAAGCAUCUAAUUGCUUCUUAUGAUCUAAUUGGUUGUAAUGUACAAACAAGAAAGCAUGCCGAUAAUGUUUCUUUGAGCUAUUUCUGAGUUUUUCUAGGUGUACUUUUCUUUUUUGGUGUGAUAUGGGUUCUUUUACAAUGCUUCAUACUCUUUUUUUCAUGGUACAGAAACAAUUAGCUUCCUUAUUUUCCUGAUCACAGAAAGUUUGUGCAUUCGAGAAGCCAAUUGUUUUGUUGUAGUUGUUUAUUCUUGAGGAAUCUUUUGGCUAAUUCCAGCUCUCCUUUUGUGGUCAACGAAAAGCUAUGUCUCUAAACUUGACAGUGACAUUCAUAGAAGUUCAGGUAUCAAAUUCUGCUUCUAGAUAACAACUCCUUAUGGCUGUUUGGCCACCAGAAUAUUGGCAAAUCCAUGAUAAUGACUGAUGCAAUUAUAUCUCUUCUUUAUCAUAGAUUUUACUUAACAAUGAAUGCUUCCUGAAAUGUUAUAUCUGAGAUUUUAAACAUUGUUUAUGUAAUAUUCUGCUAUGUUUCAAACAUGGUGACCAUUUAUGUCGAAGAUCAGUGCCACUGAAUCUGGUCACUGACUAAGUUAACAAUCAUUUAUGUUGAUUGUUAAUUAGUCACAAUUCAAAGCACAAGAGGCUUCCAUGCACUUCUUGGAACCUUGGAGAUGAUUGUUGCUUAUUAGUCAAUUAUCAAUUUGUGCACACUAUACUUUUCUUACCAAAGAAGUUUUAAGCUACUUGUUCUUUAUAUUUUAUGGUUUUAUUUUUUUUUUAUUUGCAUUUUAAAAGCAUACUAGAACUAGAAAUAAUUCGAUGCAAGUCUUUUAUGCAUUUGUUGAAGUUGGUGGGUAUAUUUCAAGCUAAUUAUAUAUUACCUCCUGUAAUUAGUUAACCUUAGCAUCUUGAUUCCUACACUUUCAAAAGUUAUAUUGAAAAUUUUAUACUUAUGAAGGUGAAAUAUUUAACCCUAUUUCUCCUCACGUCAUCGACUCUGUUGACGGAAAUACCGCACGUGCUCAGUGGUAAACCCUGCAAUAUUUUCGUUAGUAGAGUUGACGACGUGAGAGAAAUAAAAUUAAAUGUUUAACUUUCACAAGUACAGGGAUCUUAAUAUAACUCUUAAAAGUAUAGGGAUCACGAUACUAAAGAUAACUAAUUAUAUAAAGUAAUUUAUAAUUAGCCCGUAUAUUUCAUCUUUCUCAUUGUGUUAUUGAUUUCUAUAUUUCUUUUUUAAGAAAAAAAAAUUAUUAUAUUAACUCAAAUACAUACAUCCAUCUCCUCUCCUAUUAAAGGAGAUCAAAGUAGAUUACUCAGGAUGAACAUCCUCCCACCAAAUUGUUCUCUAUGAUUCAGCGGACAGUAGGAUAUGUAAAAGUUCAGAUGUUCUACAAACUGCUGUGACUUUCAAAUUCACUGGAAAAGUACAGAUUGGAUAUCCUUCUGCAAAGUUCAUCUAGAUAGGUAUACAGGAUUUUGCUAGCAAUAUUACUAGCACAGAUGGUAGCACCCUUUACUUUUCUGACUCAUAGUCCACUCAAGUCCACUUUUGCUCUGUAGAAUAUGUUUUCAUUUCGCACCUCUUAACGAAGCCCUCACGGAAUACUGGCUUCCAUAUUGACUACAAUAUAUUAGUUAAUUUCAGAAUUUUAAGAGCAAUUGCAUGUGUGAAAGAAAGAACUUCACAAUGCUUGGUUGGAUGUCUCUCUCAUUAUGAAAUAAUUGCUGAUUAGAUAUAUAUUAUUAAUAAAUAGGAAACACUAUCUGUCAAAAACAUAAAAGAUACACUUGAUUUGAGGCAUUUAUGAAUGUCAAUAAAUAGCAGUGAAUGAACUUCUUCCUUUUCCGGUAUAUCAUGUAUUUCUAGUUGAGCAACAGCUUUUUGGUUUUGAUUUUCCAGAGUUAUUUGUUCAUUUGAUAGCUAAUGCCUCGCUGAAAUUGUGUGUGAGCAUUUACCUAGACCAACCUAUGUUUAAGUAUUUGCCUAGAUGAACUUGUGUGUGGAUAUUUGCCUUGACUGAUGUGUGAAUUCUUUUGUCUGAUUUUUGUAAAUCAUGUUGAAUGACUUGUAUUUUUUAUAAAAAGGAUAUUCACAAAAUUAUAUAUGUGAAAGACAUGUGAAUGUGAUUUUUAUGAAACGAGAUAUUGUCCCAGCUAGGCACAAAUUAGAAGCAGAUAAUGAGUUGCAUUGGAAUAUAAAUUGUGAUGGUACUAACAAGCUGCACUUAAUGUUUCUAUUCCACAUGACUGAAACUUCACUCUAUUGAAACCAAUGAGCCAGUGACCCUACCAGAUGAGUCAUAACAAAUAAUGUCAUGAUCUGCAGACAUGAUUAUGGUAAUGCUUGUUUUAUUCACACAGUAAUGUUUUUGCAGAUGCAACACUGUUUUACGGCUUUUAUAUGUGUUCUUUUGGAGUUACUGCAAAUAGUCCUAAUGUUCUUUUAUAUGUGUUCUUCCAGCCAACUCAAACAUUAUUUGCAAAAGAGAUGCCAGUGAAAUCUUUUGAAGAUGAAUGACAUGGAUUUUGGCUGUGCAAACCAAUCCAUUAGAUUUCUUUGUGACCUUGGAACGAACCUUGUGAUGACUGUAUUGACAAAUAUCUUCCCACCAAGAAGAAUCAUGCUAGAAGGAUCAGCCAGGCCAAUUUCUUUGAAGUUUGCACCUAACUCAGGAAAAAAUCGAGACAAAAGAAAGUGGAAGCAACAGUUGCUGUUUAUAAUUGUGUCUCUCAUACAAUGUCUCUUUCAUGAUCCAUGUUCAUAUUCUUUAUUUCCAGAUCAGUCAGGAUCAGGAUGCAUAAUUCUAUUCCAGAUGCUAAUCUCCCUCUGCAAUCACAACACAGCAGCAGUCUUAUCACA